CACUGACUCUCUCACUCUCCGACUUGUAACUUUCUCACCAAAAACGAUGCAAAGGCAGUUGUUUGGAGCUUCGCAGCAUUUGCUAAAUCUAAGCCGAUCGACCACCGCCGCUCUCGUCGCCGGCUCCGUCUCUUCGAUUUUACGUGCCGGAGCUAGAUUCUCAAAUACGCCACACUUUCCCUCGUUCCGGACCUUCGCGAUCAUGGCUUCCAGCAGCUCCGAUGAGUUCGUCAAAGGAAAUGUUCACCCGAAUGGCGUCGCCGUCAUCACCCUCGACCGCCCAAAAGCUCUCAACGCCAUGAACAUAGAUAUGGAUAUCAGAUAUAAAAGCUUUUUGGAUGAAUGGGAAGCAGACCCAAAGGUGAAAUGUGUCUUAAUUGAGGGAAGCACUCCACGUGCCUUUUGUGCAGGAAUGGACAUUAAGGGUGUUGUUGCCGAAAUUCAAAAGGACAAAACCACUGCUCUUGUUCCAAAGGUCUUUACGGCUGAGUAUUCUUUAAUAUGUAAGAUCUUUGAGUACAAGAAGCCUUAUAUUAGCUUCAUGGAUGGCAUAACCAUGGGAUUUGGCAUUGGAUUAUCUGGUCAUGGUCGCUACAGGCUAAUAACUGAGAGGACUGUUCUUGCCAUGCCAGAGAAUGGAAUUGGCUUGUUUCCAGAUGUUGGCUUUUCUUAUAUAGCUGCACAUAGCCCAGGAGAAGGAGCAGUUGGUGCUUAUCUUGGAUUGACGGGAAAUAGAAUAUCAACACCUGCUGAUGCAUUGUAUGUUGGUCUAGGAACACACUAUGUCCCAUCUUCAGAUUUGAGUGCACUGAAGGGGGAUCUCUUGGCUGCCACACUUUCUGAGGAUCCACACAACGAUAUUCAGAAACUACUGGAAAAAUACAGCAGCAGCCCUGAUUCAGAGCCACGCUUGAAGUUACUUUUACCUAGGAUAAUUUCAACAUUUGGUGGAAACAAGGCUAUCAACGAUAUAAUGAAGGAGCUAGAAAAUCAUCAGGAGAGUGCUGAUACAUUAGUGGCUGAGUGGGCCAAGGAUGCUUUGCAAGGGCUUAGAAAGGGUGCCCCCUUUUCUCUUCAUCUCACUCAAAAGUAUUUCUCCAAAGUUGCAUCUGCUCGUGGAUGCAAUAACAAUAUCUUAUCAAAGCUAACUGGGGUGAUGAAAACUGAGUAUCGCAUUGCUUUGAGAUCUGCUGUCCGAAAUGAUUUUGCUGAAGGUGUUCGUGCCGUUUUGGUGGACAAGGAUCAGAAUCCAAAAUGGAAUCCAUCAAGUUUGGAGGAGGUUAAUCCCAGUGAGGUGGAGGCUGUAUUUGAACCCCUAAGCCCAGAAAUCGGAGACCUGAAUGUAUAAGGUUUGAUCUCUACGCUUCCUUUUUGUUCCCAUCAAUAGCCAAUAGGGAUGGAACUAGGGAAGUAUUCCUCAUGAAUAAUCAAUGUAAGACCUAUCCUAUGUACUAUUUCAAAUUUAGACAGUCUUUUGAUUUAUGAAUAAAGUUCAAAUUAACGAAA